AUGAGCAGUGGAUGGGGGGAGGGGAUGAGAGGCGCACGAGGGGGGGGAGGAUUGGGCUGGGUGGCGGGGCAGGAGGGGCGGAGCGGGGGGGGUUGGGGGGGGGGAGGGAGGGUGGGGGGGAGGGGGGGGGGUGAGGGGUCGGGGGGGAGCGCUGGGGGGGGGUGCGGGGGGCAGGGAGGGGCGGGGGGGCGGUCUGAGGGGGGGGGGGGGGGGCAGGGGGGGUGGGGGGUGACAGGGGGGGGUGGGGGGGGGGGGGGGUGGGGGAGUACGGGGUGGGGGUGGGGGGUGGGGAGGGGGACGGAGGGGUUUGGGGGAGGGGGCGGGGGGCUAAGGCGUAAGCGGCGGGGGGGGAGGGCGAGGAGGGGGGAGGUACCACCCCCAAGGGGGUGGGGAGAGGGGGGGGGGACAGGGGGGGAGGGGGGGAGACGGGAAGGGUGGGGGGGGGGGACGGGGGGAGAGGGAGGAGGAAUGGAGAGAGGUGGGGAGGGAGGGGCCGGCCGGGGGGGGGGGGGAGUGGGGGGGGGGGGGGAGGGUCGGGGGAGGGGGGGCGGCGGGGAGGGGGGCAGACAGGGGGGGGGUGGGGGGGGAGGGGGAACAGUGGGAGCGGGGGGGGGGGGGGGGGGGGGGGGGAGGGCGGGGGGGUGGGGGGGAGGUGCGGAGGCGAGCCAGGUCGGGGUGACGAGCCCGGCGGGAGUGUGGUGGGAUUGGGGGCAAGGGGGGGGGAUCGGCUUUGACAGCGGUGGGGGCAGCAGGGGGCAGUGGGGGGCGUGGCAGGGGAGAAGGGGGGGGGGGGAGGGGCGGGAGGGCGGGGGCAGGGGGGGGUGGAAUGUUGAGCUGGCGGAGAGGCCGGGGUGCGGGGGGGGAGGGGAAGCGAGGGGGGAGGGGGCGCGGGGGGGAGGGGGGGGGCGCGGGGGAAGGGGGGGGCGGGGGGGGAGGGUGUGGGGGGGGGCCGGGGGGGGCGGGGCGGGGGGCGGGCAGGGUAAUAAGCGGGUGCCGGGGCGGGGGGGGCUGGGGGGGGGGGGGGGGAGGAGGCGGGGGGGGAGAGCCAGGGGGGUGGGGGGUGUUGGGUGGUGUGAAGGGGAGGGGGGGGGGGGGGACCACCCAACCCCACGGGGGUUGAUUGAGGGGGGUAGGGGGGGGGGGGUGGGGAGGGGAGGGAGGAGGGCGCUCGGUGGGAGGGGGGGGGGCGGGGGGGGGAGGCGGGGGCGGGGCAGCAAGCGCGGGCAGGGGGGCCGCUCGCCUAAGGGGGCGCCCGCCUGGGGGCGUGUGUGGUGGGCCACCCGGGGAGGAGCGCGGGGGGUCUGGGGGAGGCGUGUUGGGGGGGCAUUGCGGGGGGGGGGCUCGUCGGGGGAUCUGGGGGGGCGGUGGGGCGGGCAGGGGUGCGGAAGGGGAAGCGGGGGGGAGGGCGGGGGGGAGGGGGAAGUGGGCGUGGGAGUAUGGGGGAUAUGGGGGAAGGGAGGGGGGUGUCGGGGGGGGGCAAUAGGGGCGGGGGGGGGGGGGAGAGGGGUAGGGGGAGGGAGGCGGUGCGGGGAGAAUGGGGGGGGCUGGGUGGUUGUCAGCCUGAAGGGUGGUGGGGGACAGGGCGGAGGGGGGGGGGGGAGGAAGAGGGGGGGGGGGGGGGCGGGGUGGGGAGUGACGGGGGGGGGAUCGGGGGAGGGGAGGGGUCGCGAGGGUGGAGGGAUCGGGGGAGUGGACGGGGAUAGGCCUGGGGGGUGGGAGGUUGGGGGCGGGCUCGGGGAGGUGGGAGCUGGGGGUGGGGGAUUAGAGAGGGGGGAGAAGCAGCCGCGGCGGGGGGGGGUGGGCGUGGGAAGGGGGAGGGGGUGGGGGGGAGGGUGGGGGGGGGCCGGGGUGGGGGACCGGGGAGACGGGGUGCGGGCGGGGGAGGGCGUCGCAGGGGCGCAGGGGGGCGUGGGGGGAUACGUCCGUUGGGGGGGGGAGGAGUGGGGGGGGGAGCUAGGGCGGGGGUGGGGGGGGGGGGGGGGGGCAGGGGGGUGGGGGUGGGAGGGGAGACCGGGUGGAAGUGGAGUGGGGAGUCAGGUAGAGGGAGGGUCGGUGGAGGGGGGGGGGGUGGUUGAGAGGAUUAGGGGGGGCAUGUGUGAGCGGGGGGGUCGAGGGGGGGGUCCCCCAACACGGAGGUUGGCAGAGUGUGGGUGGGGGUGGGGAAAGUGCGGGUGGGGAGGUGGUGGGGGGGUGAAAGGUAGGGGUACGGAAAAGGGGGGGGGGGGGGGGGGGGGAUGGGGGAAGAAAAGUGGGGAGGAGGCGGGAACAAAGGGGCGGGGGGGGGGUGCCGGAAAUGACCGGGGGGGGAGGGGGGGGGGGGGGAGCACGCAGGAGGGAGGGGCCCGGGCCGGAAGGAGACAGCGGGGAUCGGGCGGGGGGGGGUCCGGGUGGGGCUGGAGGGAGGCUGGGGGGGGGGGGGAGGGGGGGAGAGGGGGGGGUAGGGGGGGUGUGGGGUGGUAG